AUGUCCGACGAUAAGUCACCGAUUCAGCCCGACAAUGGCACCCUCGAGAAGGGAGAGGCUGUCCAUGAGGACGUCGUCAAGGAUCCCGUCCAAAUGGCGGCAUUAACACCGGAGGAAUUGGUUUUGGAAAAGAAACUGGUGCGCCGGAUCGAUAUUUUGAUCAUGCCAUUGAUUAUUCUGGUAUAUCUCAUGAACUACAUCGAUCGUAACAAUUAUGCCGCCGCCAAACUCCAGGGUCUCGAACAAGACCUUCACCUGAAUGACCAGCAAUACCAGACUGGUCUUUCGAUUCUAUUCGUGGGUUACAUUCUCAUGAUGACACCAUCCAACUUGCUGCUGAAUUACGUCGGACACCCAUCGCUCUACCUUGGAUUCUUCGUUUGUGCUUGGGGUCUCGUGUCGGCUCUGACCAGCCAGGUCAAGGGCUAUGGCGGCAUCGUCGCCUGCCGUUUCAUCAUGGGUUUCGUCGAGGCUCCCUUCUUCUCCGGUGUCCUCUUCUACCUCUCCAAAUGGUAUACCAAAAAAGAACUCGGUCUCCGGAUGAGUAUCUUUUACUCCGGUUCCUUGCUGAGCGGUGCAUUUGGAAACCUGAUCGCAGCGGGUAUCCUGAAUGGUAUGGACGGCAAGCGCGGUAUUACAGCAUGGCAAUGGCUCUAUAUCAUCGAAGGCGCGAUCACCGUUGCCAUUGGCCUUGUCAUCUGCGUGGUCCUGCCCGACUUCCCCGAGAACUGGAAGAUGCUCUCUGAGGAGAUGAGAAGUGUCGCCUCCCGCCGGUUAGCAGUGGACGCGGCCGAAGUCGAUGUCGACGAAAGCGGUAGCAAGGGCCAAAUCCAGGGUCUCAAGCAAGCUAUGUGCGACAUCAAAACCUACAUCUUGGCCAUCGCCUUCCACUGCAUCGUCGGUGCAAGUGGUUUCCAGAAUUACUUCCCCAGUCUCACGGAACAACUCGGCUACGACCAGAUGAUUUCGCUCUUGCUGGUUGCGCCGCCAUACAUCUUCAUGGUCUUCUAUUCCAUGGCCCACUCCCACUUUUCCGACCGCUUCAACAACCGUUUCUGGUUCUUCGUUUAUCCCAUCCCCAUAACCGUCGUGGGCUAUGUUCUCUACAUGGAAACGGAAUCCUUCGGCUCCCGCUACGCGUCUUUCUUCCUCAUGAUCUUCGUUUUCACCCAAUUCGGAACUUUCUUCUCCUGGAUCGCUAACGCCAUCCCCCGUCCGCCUGCUAAACGUGCCGCUGCAUACGGUUUCAUCAAUGCCAUCGGUAACUCCGCCAGUAUCUGGACCCCCUACACGUACCGUCAGCAGGAUGAGCCCGAAUAUAAGCCUGCGAUGGGUAUUUGCAUCGCGCUGCAGGUUCUUGGGGGGAUUAUGGCCAUCGGCCUCGACCAGUACACGCGUCAUCAGAACAGACAACUUGCAAGAAUGGAGGAUAUGGAGGUUGAGCUGUCGGGCAGGGACCAGCGGAAGUUGGAGAAGACGGCGCAGAUGAAUAACAUUGGACUUGAGCAGGCGAGGCAGUUGCAGAGGGGGUUCAGGUUUAUGCUGUAA